AUGGGGCUCUUUAGGUCUGAGCCCAUGCGGCUGGGCACGCUGGUGCUGCCUCAAGAGGGCGCGAGAGACUACAUUGCGGCCAUUGGCACCGCCGUAAAAGUACAGAUUGAAGACAUGAAUGGCAACACUUUAUCUCGAGGCUAUCGGCGGCAGCUGCAGCGGCUGGAGGAGUUGGAGAGGAUUUUGCGAUAUUUGAUUGAGAAGAUCGAAGCUAUUUCGGGUGUCCGUUUAGCUCAAGUUGCGCAAGACCUGGAUCGAGCAUCAGACGCUGAUGCAGCAGCAGCAGCAGCAGCUGUUUACAACGCUGUCAACGCGGACCACGCAGAUGUGGAGGCAGCAGGAGGAGGCCGAGCAGCAGCAGCUGCUGCAGCAGAGAAGCCCCAAGUGUAUGUACUCGACCGGGUGGAAGAUAUGCUAAACAAGGUGUACAAACAGUUCCUCCGAUUCGAGAGAAACAACGAGGACCUUCUGAGAGAGAAGAUCGCCGCCGAGGAGGAGCUGGCGGUGGUUUCCUUUGCUGCUUCGCAGUUGAGGUCUUCCCUUCGGUCCCCGUGGCGCCUUGAUCCCGGGUCAGCAGCAGCAGCAGCUGCAGCAGCAGCAGCAGCUGCUGCUGAGGACGCUAAAAUAGCAGCGACCAGCACCUGCAGCAGCAGCAACACGCUGCAGCAGCAGCAGCAGCAGCAGCAAAUCAACACUCCCACCGCAGCAACCGCAGACCCUCACGCGCGCGUCGACUUUUUAGAGGUUGGCGUGCAUGGGUACGAACGGGAUUUGGGGUGUACAGACAGAUACACCUGUUGCGCUGUGUAUGUGCAGCUCCUCUUCGGCACGCCGGCGGCGGCCAACUCAGCUGAACGGCAGCAAUGGCAGCAGCAGCUGGCAAACGGAUGUGCAGCAGCAAGAGAGGCAGCAAACAUUCCCCUAUUCCGCCUCAAGGAGGUUGCUCGGCGCCGGGGGUGGUUUAGGGGUUCUGCGCAGGAACGGUUCGCUCGUGCCAUGUUUCGGUCUACACGUGGAAAUGCUUUCACGCACUUCAAACGAUUAGAGGAGGAAGAACUUUCAGUCUAUCCCCAUGGGGAGGAGCCGAAGUCGCUGUUUGUCACUUACUUCCAGGGAGCGGCUACUGGGUCUGCUUUCAUGGAAAAGGUGAAGUGCGUCUGUUCGGCUAUGGGUGCGCGUACCUACAACUGGCCCCACAGCGGUGCGGAGGCGCAGCAGCGGCAGCAGCAGCUGCAGCAGCUUCUGCGAGACAAGGCAGCAGCAGCAGCAGCAUACGAGCAAUACUUCUUGAACGAAGUUGGGGUUUUUCUGGAGCCGGUUCCCGCGUCGAAUCUUCCUCUGGUUCCAGCAGCAGCAGCAGCAGCGGCGGCAGCAGCAGCAGCGUCUGUGGGGGACCUGACGGCUGCCGAAGCCGCCGCCGCCGCAGCAGCAGCAGGCACUCGCAAAAGACCGCUGAUAACGGAGCUGCAGCGCUUUGUUGCAAGGGAGCGAGCUGUAUAUACAACUCUUAAUCUCUUUGCUUUAUCGGAUGCCACACUCCAGGCAGAUUGUUGGUUCUUGGAGUCUGAGGAAGCAGCUCUUAGGAAAACACUAGCAAAAGUUGCAGCAGAAAAGAGCACAUCCGCAUUUUUGCUGGUGCAUGCACCUCGGGGUUGCGCUUUGAGCGGCGCGCCGACGUGCUUCCCGCGCUGUUCUUUUAUGUCUUCUUUCCAAAGUUUAGUAGAUACUUACGGAGUGGCGCGUUACGGGGAAGCAAACCCUGCUUUGUUUGCUGCUGCAAUUUUUCCCUUUCUCUUCGGGUUAAUGUUUGGUGAUGUCGGCCAUGGUUUACUCCUCCUCCUGCUCGCCUGCGCGCUGCUUUUUGCCCACGCGAAGGGUUUUCUGUUUAAUGAUGAACUCCUCUCUAUGCUUAUGGACGCGAGCAUGGGUUUAAACCUCUUUGGAUCCCGAUGGGUUUCUUCUUCUCCUGGGGGUUUAGGGCCUAAGGUUCCUGAUCCUGAAGGCCCGUAUCCUUUUGGGGUUGAUCCUGCAUGGAAAGGCGCAUCUAACGAGCUUCUCUUCCUCAACUCUCUUAAAAUGAAACUCGCUAUACUUGUGGGCUUCGCGCACAUGUCCUUAGGGCUGGUGCUGUCGGUGUUGAAUGCCAUUCACUUUCGUGACUGGAUCGGUUUACUGCUGACAGCUUUGCCGCAGAUUGUGUUUUUUGUCUCCUUUAUUGGCUAUUUGUGCUUUCUUAUUGUUCUUAAGUGGGUGCUGCGAUCGGUGUUGCUGUUGUGCCUCCCGAUUAUGUUUUUUGGAAAGCCAUUGGUGGAGCUGUACAUACACCGAAAGCGACAGCCUCCCCACGGGUUCCAGUCGUUAAACAGCCUGGAUUCAAGUGCGAUUCAGCUGCAGCCACUGCAGCAGCAGCAGCACUACCACCACCAGCACCAGAACCAGUACGUACCUUUUGCUGCGUCGGCGAGCGGCGGCGAGACGGGCGUCAUCCGUUCAUCAUCAGGAGCAUCAUCAUCAGCAACAACUGCAACAGGAGCUGUAGGAGGACCAGGAGCAACAGGAGAAGAAGAAACAGACUUAACGGAGUUGUGGCUGCACAAUAUUAUUGAAGCCAUUGAGUUUGUACUCGGCAGCAUCAGCAACACGGCCUCUUACUUAAGGCUGUGGGCUCUUUCUCUAGCACAUCAACAACUCUCCACCAUCUUUUUCGAAAAGACUGUUGGAUUAGCCUUCACUCCAGGACAGUCGAUACACCAAAUGGCUUUCAAGCUGGUUGUGGCUUUCCCAAUCUUCCUGUGUAUUACCGUCUUCGUGAUGGUUGCAAUGGAGGCCCUCGAAUGUUUCCUCCACGCCCUUAGGCUGCAAUGGGUGGAGUUUCAAAACAAAUUUUACAAGGGCGACGGAGUGCCUUUCAGGCCUUUAGAUUUGAACAGCCUGCCAGGGGACUCUAUGGGCUAA